AUGGAAGAAUCUCAAUCUUCAACUCCACCUCCCCCUUAUCGAGAAGUAGCAGGUCAUAAUGAACAAACAAUUCCAACUCCAAAUCAUAGUCCCGUAACUCAUACGGCCACUCCAUCACCAGCCUCAUCUUCAUCAUUAUCACAAUCACAAUCACAAAGUCGACAAAGUCAGUUUUCAUCUCAUUAUCGUCCUCCACCUUUAGGUGCUACUCCUAAUCGUAAUACUCCUCAUACUCCAGCCCCAAUCCCAACCCCUCCUACUACUAAUACCACUCCUAAUAUAAAUGUGGAAGAAACAGUUACCAUGUUAUCAGGAAUGUUUCCUCAUAGUAAACCAAUCGAUUUAAGACUUCAAUUAAAUGAAUAUAAUAAUGAUAUUGAACGAUUGAUUGAAUAUUUAUUAGUGGAAAGUGAAACUCAAAAUUUAUCCCUUCACGAAAGUCGAUCUCCAACCCCUCCAAAACAACCUCCAAGACCAAAUACUAAUAGUUCAAGUACUACACUUGGAUCAUCCAGUAAUUCUACUUCUAAUGGUGGUCCCGGAUCAUUUUAUUAUUCGAAUAAUUCUAUCACUUUGAUUGAAAUGUUUCCUAGUCUUGAUGUUAAUGUCAUUGAACGAGUCUUAAUAGAAUGUAAGGAUAAUUUAGAUUCAUCAAUUGCAAAAUUAUUAGAAAUUCCCCAUGAUGAUGAUGACGAUGGAAAUAUUGUUUAUGAUGAUGAUGAUGAUGGAGAAGAAGAUAAUGGUCCGAAUGAUUGGAGUCAUUUUAAUCUGGAUUUAACUAAAUUGGAAGAUUUAUUAAAUAUUCCCAAAUUUGAUGUAACGAGAUAUUUACAUAAAAACAAUGGGAAUUUCAUCAAAGCCUUAAUAGAUAUCAUUAAACAUUAUAAACGACCUCCAACACCAAAAAUUGAAAUAGAUAAAGGUUGGUCUGAAGUUUCUCGAGUUCAAGGUGGUAGAGUUCAACGGAAUGGAAGUACAUUAAAAAGAAAACCUCCUCCACCGUUACCCCAAGAAUCGUCUGCUAAGAUUGAAGUUAUGGAUAAAGAUACUUUGAAGGAUUGGGCUGAUGAUAUUCAUGAUAAUCUUGAUGUUAGAGGGCUCACUAGAGACUUUAUAAAGAAAACUUUAUUAUUAGUUGAUGGAGAUAUUGGGAAAACUUUACAAAUUCUUGAAUUAAUAUCGAAACAAAAGGAAGACAAAAAGGCGGAAAAGAAGAAUAGAAAACAACGACUGAUAAAUUCUACUCAUGAUAUCCAAUUUAAAUAUGAACUUGCUACACCUAUUUCACCCUCGAUUCGAAAUAAUAAUAAUAGUAGUGAAAAUCAACCUGUUAGAAGACCAUUAGAUCCAAAAUUAAGAGGAUUAGUUACCCCUACUUUUGAUUCAUAUAAUAAUCAAUUUGAAAUUGAUUUACAUCGAUUAAAUGUCUUCCAAGCCAAACAAAUUGUUGAAUUUGAAUUAAAUAAUUGGUUAGAUCAUGAAUUAGAAGAAUCUAUAAAUGAAGGAAAGAAUUUAAAUCAAAGAAAUCAAAGAAAAAAUGCAUCUACAUUUAAUGUGAUUACUGGUAGAGGGAUUCAUUCAAGUGAUUUUGGUAAAAGUGUAUUAAAAUUUUCGGUGGAACGAUUUUUGAUUAAUAAUAAUUUCAUUUAUAAUGAACAUUUAGGUGGAUUUGUGGUUAAGGGUCAAAGGAAAUAG